AUGGCAGGCACGGUCGUCUUCCUGGCGCUAGCUCUCGUUUCCCUGUCGCCGUGUCUAACGCAGAGGCUCGAGGACGAAGACGAUUUCACGGGCAGGAACGGGACCAGGUUGUUGGCAAGUCCCUCGCGGCGACCGAGGGCUCUCGUUUUCCCUGAUCCCUCUCAGCUUCUGCUGAUCUUCGGACUGGGCACGCCGCUGCAGCUGGACCACGAGAGCGUGAUCGUCGGUAUGUUCAUGAAGAUCGUGUUCAACAUGCCCACCAACGCGACGGACUUCACCAUGCCUGGGGUUUACUACUCUCGGACGCAGAAGAGCAGGUGGAGCAUCUACAAGACGCUGGAGAAGGUGGCCGGCCUGUACGGAUUCGGUGGGAAAGCUUGUCUAUUGAAGGCCAUCUGCGAAGCUGCCUCCGUGCCUUUCGAUGGACGACACGGUUUGCUGGGACAGCUGUUGCACGUUUUCUUCAAGCCUUCGAGCACCGACGAGCGGUACGACGAGUACGGGGAUCGGGAGUACCGCGCGGCCGAGCGUUUGGGCGAGCAGAUGUCGACGGAAAACUGCCACGCCCUUUAUCCAGAAUGCCGCAGAAGUGUGCUCGACGUGUUUUCCACGGUGAUCACGUGA